AUGGCUUCUACCGCUGGUUUAUUCGAAGAGGCACCUGUGGCUAUUGAUUCUCCAGAGACUCAGCCUUUGUUAGGCCGAUCCAGUGAAGUCAUUCAGCAGGAGAAGCCGGUGCUUUUAAAUCUCGUCACAGGGACAGCUAGUAUUGCCCAACUUGGAAUUUGGAUCUUUGCUAUUCUCAUCUGGUUCAAAAUUCUAUCUCAACCAAUUAUUCUCUUCACUGCGCACCCACUCCUCGCCAUAUCAGGUCUCCUCCUACAAAUCCAAGGCAUCCUAAUCCUACAACCAACCACAACCGCAUCCGAAAAACGAAAAGGCACACGCUUUCACUAUAUCAUCCAACUACUCAGUGCUCUCCUUUUUCUCUCCGCCUUCAUAGUCAUCGAGGUCAAUAAAGGCACUCAUCCGCAUUUCGACUCCGCACACGGAGUCCUCGGUCUCCUUACUAUCAUCUUUAUCGUCUCUCAGUCCCUCGUCGGAGUCGUCCAGUACUUCCUACCCAGAUCGCUGCUUGGUAGCGUCGAGAACGGAAAGAGACUUUAUAAAUACCACCGUUGGAGCGGAUAUGUGGCGCUGUUGGUGUUGGAGAUUCCGACUGCGAUCUGGGGGGCGACGCAGACGGGGUACAGCAUAGCUUCAUUGCAUAUUCCGCUGUGGGCUGUUGUCUUGCCCGGCUUAGCUGUGGUUCUUGGAGUGGGCGCUCGGGUGAAGACCUACAAGCUGGGACUUGGGAAUGAUUAA